UACUCUCUUGUUUUAGUUGACCGUCUUUGAUUUGUCUAGCUAUCCAAGAUGGCGUCGUUGCUGGGAUUGCGCGCAUGUUUCUCCGCCCUACAGCUGACUUCGCCGAGCCUCCUACACAGCUCCUUUAGAUUGUCUGCUGUGCCCCUUUGUCGGAGGACCUUUGCUGUAGAGGUGAAGAAGACAUACACCAGGGACAAGCCCCAUGUAAACAUAGGAACAAUUGGCCAUGUGGAUCACGGAAAGACCACCCUGACUGCAGCCAUCACAAAAGUGCUCGCUGAAGCUGGUGGAGCUAGCUUUAAAAAGUACGAAGAAAUUGACAAUGCCCCUGAGGAGAAGGCCCGAGGAAUCACCAUCAACGCCUCUCAUGUAGAAUACACCACAGCCAACAGACAUUAUGCUCACACGGACUGUCCUGGUCAUGCUGACUACGUCAAGAACAUGAUUACAGGCACAGCCCAGAUGGACGGCUGCAUCCUGGUGGUGGCGGGCACCGACGGCCAGAUGCCUCAGACACGAGAGCACAUCCUGUUGGCGCGGCAGAUUGGCGUCGAGCACGUUGUUGUUUUCAUCAACAAAGCCGACGUUGUGGAUGACAAAGAGAUGCUGGAGCUGGUGGAGAUCGAGAUCCGUGAGCUGCUCACAGAGUUCGGAUACGAUGGCGACAACGCACCAGUUGUGAUCGGCUCGGCCCUCUGCGCCCUGGAGAACAGACAGCCUGAACUCGGUGUGAAUGCAGUGAUGAAUCUGCUGGAGAAGGUGGACGAAUACAUCCCACUGCCCAAAAGACAGCUGGAAAAACCUUUUCUCCUCCCCGUUGAAGGAGUGUGUUCAAUCCCAGGCAGAGGCACAGUGGUGACAGGCACUAUGGAGAGGGGGGUCAUUAAGAAGGGAGACGAGUGUGAGUUUGUGGGUCACAACCGCAGCUUCAAGUCGGUGGUUACAGGUAUCGAGAUGUUCCACAAGUCUCUGGAUCGGGCGGAGGCAGGAGAUAAUCUUGGCGCUUUGGUUAGAAGUUUGAAGAGAGAGGAGGUCAGGAGAGGGAUGGUGAUGUGCAAACCAGGAUCCAUCUUGCCUCACAGGAAAAUCCAGGCCCAGGUGUAUGUUCUGAGUAAGGAGGAGGGAGGCCGACACAAACCCUUCGUCUCCAACUUCAUGCCCCUCAUGUUCUCUCUGACCUGGGACAUGGCCUGCAGGGUCACUCUGCCCGAGGACAAGGAAAUGGUGAUGCCCGGGGAGGACACCUCCUUGACGCUCACGCUCCGUCAGCCGAUGGUCCUGGAGAAAGGCCAGAGGUUCACUCUGAGAGACGGAAACAAAACCAUCGGCACCGGCCUGGUCACAGAUAUCCUGACCGUUACAGAUCAGGACCUUUACAACUGGGGCUGAAAAAUAAGCUCUGCACAGAGGACAGGGCUGGGGGGAGGGGUCACUG